AGGCCUUCCCCGGAUUUGCAGGCAUCGCGAGAUCCAUCGCACUUCUCCUCUUUUAGUUAGCGGGGUUGACUUACACCUCAAAGACGACGAGACGGAAGACGAGCUUCAAUUGCAGACGAGAGAUGCCAAUGGUAUUGGUAUAAUACGCAGGCGACACCAACUCCCCAACCAAUGGCUCCCCUCCUCUCCUGUCGCGGGGUUCGAAUCCCUCCAAAGUCUCGACGAACCUCCGCCGUCAAGCUCCAGAAGCUCUCCCAUUCUACGACCCAACAAGCAAAACCCAUCUCAGCAAUCCCAUACCCAGGCAACUUUGCCCACCAUGGCUUUGGUCACCAGCUUGACGAGCCCAGACAGCCCCUCGAACAAGACGAGCUCCUCCUCCUCCGAACCCUUCUCGCGAGACCCGUCGCCAAGAAACCUCGUCCCGCAAAACGAUCGCCAUGGAUUGACGGCUUCACCAGCGCCUUCAGACAACCUCACAAGAUGCUCGCCUACUUCAAGGAGAACAAACUCGAAAUCCUACAACUUCCCCCAACAGCCUUCAGCGAGCUUCUCCGCUCCGUCGACCCAAUCGAAGCCAUUCGAAAAGACAAAGACCCGCUAGGAGAUAUCUGGGUCGACCCAGCCAUGGCCGACUGGUCACCGCUGGGAGUUCUGGUCAAUAAUUAUGGCGCCAGAAAGAGAAACACCGACCUUUACCCGCUCGUCCACGAAGCCGCCUUCCGUCGAUUCCGCGCCGGCUCCCCUCUUCUCUUGUCCGACUACAAGGUCUUGCUACGAUACGCCGGAUCGAUUUCGGACCCCCUCCUAGCCCGCAAGAUCUGGUUCCACAUGAACGUCUCCGAAAAGAUGUGGGAGCGCCAGACGGACCUGUAUGCCGAAUUCCUCAAGGCCCGGUUCUUGACGGAACCGUUGUACACCCAAAAUAACCGGCACGACUUCCGCGUCAAGCCUGUAAACCUGUUUCCCGAGAAGCGGUUCCUGCCGUACUUUACGCCUGACAACCUCUCCCAGCUGAGGCAGAUGAACUUUGACGAGACCAACAAGCGGCUGGACAGAUUUGGGCAGAACCCCGGGGCAGAGCACAAGGUGGAAUACUUGAUGAGGAUGUUACGGCGGAGUUCGCCCGUUGAUCUCGUCUUCGGCACCGCCAGAAACCGGUUACAUCUGCUCUCAGAAGAGUUCAUCUGCGCCGCGCUCAUAGCCUACGCUAGAACAGGUGUGAUGGAAGACGUCCAGUCAGUCCUCUACUUUAACUACAAGAUCGACGUCUCUGGCUCCAUCGAAACCGGCGAUUUGAGCAUCACCGGCGGACGGCGGGACUUCCUCCCCGGUUCACCAAUGGCGCCCACCACCCGUCUUUUACAAACCAUUGCCACCUGUUAUGGGUCAAACGGCAUGAUCGCCAUGGCGUGCAAGAUGCUCGACCACGUUUUCUGCGUCUGGUUCGAACUACUAGAAUGGGCCUACAUCCACACCUCUCCGCGCGCAGCAAAAGAGUGGAAGAUCGUUAGCAUCCCCGGUCGCCGCUUACACCGCAACGCAGUCCAACUAAUCUGGGACACCAUGACCUCACCCCCUUACAACGCCACCCCCGGCUUCCCUCAGUACAAAAUUUACGUCGAGUGGCUGAUCAAGAACAACAAGAUCGAGCGCGCCAUGCAAAUAAUGCUGGACCUCGAACCUCUCUACCGCAAACGAGUGGAGGAGUUACAAUCCCUUUACCCCUUCCACGCUCUUGAUCAAGCAGCAUUCAACCACUCCCCAGCGUACGAUACCAUCCUCUGGGAGAGAACCCUACUCAGAAAGGACUACAUAGUCCACACCUUUGCCAAAUGGUUCUCCCUCCUCUUCAAGAGAAUCAAAUCCCCCGUCCACCUCCCCGGUCCCAAACCACCCAAGAUCUUCCCCUCCCACGACAUAAGCACCAGAUUAAUCCCCCAACUCAUCCACGCUUUCCAAGGCCUUCUGCCCGAUACGAUCCACUACGAGAUCCCCACCGGUGUGAUCCGUUUCAAGCGUGGCGUUGGAGCCGCGCAAGGGUUUAGAGCGGAAAAGAGGUGGACGGAAGUCAAAAAGGCGGCGGUGGUGAGUAUGGAUUUGAGGCCGGAGACUGCGAGGGGAUUCAACAGACUUCGAGAAUAUAGUUUGGACCUCAAGGGGGAGCAGUUGCAGAGGGCGGCGGGGGAGACUGUGGAGACGCUUAAGCCGAGGGCGGUGAAGAGAGAGGGGCUGGAGGAGUUGGUUGAGGAGAUACUGGGGAUGGAUGAGAUGGCACGGGGAGAGAGGGAAGAGGGACAGUUGGAGGUCGAUGUAAUAGACCAGGCUAGACGAAGGGGGAGGACUGUGGAGGAAGAGGUGAAGAGGGCGGAGAGAAAGAGGGCGGAGAAGGUGUUGAGGUUGUUGACGUAGAGGUGUUGAGGUUGGACAGGUUGUGGUUGUGGAUGGUAAGGGUACACGUACUGGUUGCGGUGCUGGGAUUUCCUUUUCGGAGGCGGGCUUGAGGGAUAUGAACGAUUGUGUUGACGACUUUAUGACUAUAAGUACUUGACGAGAUAUAGAUACCCGACCAGCGAACGCAUUGCGCU